CGCCGCAGCAGCUGGCUCAUUGCCUUCUCGGAUAAGGUUUUCCCAAGUAACUGAAAAACAAUGCGGACUUUAAAACCACCAGAUAAAAAGGAACCGGAGAGUGAAUUCAAGCCAGUUCUUUUGUAUUCGGAAGAUGAACAAGUCCAGAUAAAUAUUGACGAUAGCAGUUUGCUGAGGCACCAAUUAUCUGAUAGUGAAAUAGAUAUUUUCUUGCCUGCAUCAACAUCAGUUGAUAGUAGCUGCGAAGUAAUUAAAAAUGAAUCUAGGCUUGCUCCCAGGAAACCUACAACAACAAAAUCAUCAUCGCCCAACAGGCAGGGACCUCAGCGAUGCCAGGUAUGUGGCAAAGUUUUUGCUAAUGCUUCUGCUCUGGCAAAGCAUAAGCUCACACAUAGCGAUGAACGCCGAUACAUUUGUACCAUGUGUGCUAAAGCAUUUAAACGACAAGAUCAUUUAAAUGGGCACAUGCUGACACACAGAAAUAAGAAACCAUACGAAUGCAAAGCUGAAGGCUGCAGUAAAUCCUACUGUGAUGCUCGAUCACUGAGGAGGCAUACGGAAAAUCACCAUGCUGGCUCUGGUUCUACCAAUUCAACACCAGAACAAUCCCCACCCACUUGUAUACAAUAUGCUCCACCUCCUAAUGAACAAAAGCAAGUAAAAGGUCCUAAUUCAUCUGAGAAGCUCACAAAACAACAUUUGGAUCUUAUCCAACAUGUCAUACAAAAAAAUCAACAUUCAUCAACUAAAUCUUUUGACGCAACCAAAACUAACACUAAUGCAUCAGCUGUUAUAGCUUCUACUAAUGGUACUAAAACAUGGACAAUGCAGACUUGUUCAUCAGCUCCAAAAUCUAUGACAUGCAGUAUUAAACCAGUUGAGUGUAAUUUGUGUCAUCGAAAAUUCAAAAAUAUACCAGCUCUUAAUGGACAUAUGAGACUGCAUGGAGGAUAUUUUAAAAAGGAUUCAGAUGCAAGGAGGUAUGAAAUAAAAGAUGUAAAUACAACACCAUUACAAACAGCUAGCAUUAGUGUCCGUGCUUUAAUAGAGGAGAAAAUUAUUUUGAAGAGAAUUUCUAAACCAAGUGGAAUAAUAAAUGGUACUUAUCAUGAUGUUACAACUUCGUGCCUUCAACUCUUUAGUAGGCGUUUAAUUGAACUACUACUAAAAAGAUAGCUGGUUGUGGUGGGACUGAAACCAUUUCUCAUGGUCAAAUGUCUGUUUUUUGUGUGGUAAAUAAUAUUUAUUCUCCAAAUAUAUUGCUAACACUUAAUGACUUUUGUCAUGCAACAGCCGUACUUUGGUGCUAAAUUUGUUUUAAAUCAAAAAUGUUUUUCAAUAUCCUGCAAUAUCUCCCAAAAAAACAACAUCAAUGGAUCAAAUAUAACAAAUAUUUGCAUGUUUAUAGUUGACUAGAAGCUAGAAAUUCAUAUUUCAGUAAAUUGAAAUCAGAACGCAAGCAACCAAGGGAAAACUUUUUAUAGCCAAAAAAGCCACAUUUGUUCAAUCUUUUUUUGUUUAUAGGGUUAGCAUACAGGGAAUAGAAUACACUAGAGUUGCCUUCUCCCUCUUGUUAUAGAGGAGGAGUAUGCUCUCAUUCCUCCCACAAUGUGGGUACUUGCCUUUUCUGCUAGCUAAUAUGAUUUCCUUAGAUUUCAAGAUAUCUUAUGUUGUUUUUCAAGUAUAAUGCCAAAAAUAAUUUAUCUUGUGGAUAUAAUAUGUAUAUAUUGAUGAUUGAAAAAUGUAAAUGAAAUAAUUUAAUGUAAAAAUGACUAUGGAUAUAACAAUCUAAUUGUGUUCAUUAGCCUUGCUUUUAUAUUUUAAAGUUGAUUAUUUCUAUCUAAUUUUUGCCUAAUUCUGAAUUUGAAAUCUUAAAUUUUUCUGAUAUAUUCACUACACUAGAAUGAUUAUUAUUAUUAUAAGCCUUAAGAAGGCCUAUUGUGCAUCAUCCUGGAGUCAAGUAAAAUAGGCCAGAUGUCUUUGCGAACCUGUUAAUACUAAUAGGAUCAAUCAGUUCGCAGUGCUUAGAGUGCUUAGAUCACGUCACAAGUGAAAGUAUUGCAGUCUAGCCGAAUUAUCACAUCUACAAAUCAUGUGAUAGGCCGUGUUAUCCUCCAGACCACACAGCCUUUAGAUGGAGGUCUCACUUAUACUCAAAUUAAAAAGGUGCUUAUUUAAUUAACAGUGACCAGUGUACAACCCUGUUACAUGCCUAAUGGUACUCCUGUCCAUUAGAAGAAGUGAUUUACUUCUCUUCUGACAUGGCCCUACUAGGAACAACUUAGAACGAGUUUUUUUUCUAGCCUGUUCCCAAUGUAGCAUAAAUUUAUUAUCCACAAUUGCCUUAAUAUGCCUUUUGGCAAAGCCAAGGCUUAUCCCACAAAUGGACUCUGCUGUAACCACCACUUUUGCAGAGCCUUUCCUAGCUAGUAAAUCGGCUUUCUCAUUUCCAGGAAUGCCUGAGUGCCCAGGUACCCAUUCUACCCUCUCCUUAUUAGUACUUCAAAGAAGGUUAAGAUUGCCUUUACAUUUAUCCACCAACUUUAAGCGAAUUGCAUAACUAUUGGGAGCCCUAAUUGCCACUUGACUAUCCGUAUAUAUGAAUGAAAAUAAUUUUAUUAUUCUGGGAUUAGUGUCCCUUUAGAACAAGUUACAAAUACAGAAUAUAUAUUAAUAUUUUGGUGUGUCCAUAAAAUACAAUUUAAUAUUUACAGGUUGAUUCGGAGUACAAUAAAGUUAUAAAUAAUAAAAAGAUAUAAAUACGUGUAAAUAUAAAAUAUAGAGAGAAAGUAAUUAAGUAAACGUAAUAUUGAUGUAUUACAAAAUAAUCAGAGUAUCAUGGUGUACUUUGAGAUUUUUACAGCUUAGGUUUUUAAGUGCAUUUCAUGAUCAAUCGGAUUGGGAAUGGAGUAGGUGUUUGAAGAGGAGAGAUUUGAAAGAGGAUCGAAUAUGUGUCAAAUAUGUGAAGGUAUAGAGUUCCAGAGGGAGACAACUUGUAUUAAAAAAGAGGAGGAGGAUAGAGGUCGAACGCAUGGGAUCUGGUGGGACGGGAUUGAAAGGAAGGAGCGUUUGAAUUAUAGAAUCUGUAGAAUAUAGGCAGGUCGCCGUGUUCUAAUGGCUUGAUAUAGGAAGGUAGCAAGGAAAUCUUGACAGUGGUAGGACUGAUAAAGCCACUUCAACUUGGUGUAGAACUGGGUAAUAUGCGUAUCCCUUGAGAUCCCGAAGAUAAAGCGGAUUGAGCAAUUCAUUAAACGUUUAAGUUUGGCUUCAAGUUCUCCCUAGAGUCCACCAUACACCAUGCAGCCAUAGUCGAAGUGGGGAAAAGCAAGAGAGGAGACCAGGAAUUGAUGGGUUUUGAAUGGAAGAAGAUAACGUAGAUGUUUAAAUUGUUUCAGGGUGGACAUAGUACAGUGGGAAAUUUGGGAGAUGUGUGGUUUCCAGGAGAAGCUUUGAUCGAGAGUAACGCCAGGUUUUUAACGGUGGUGGGGAAGGAAAUAGAUGAGUUGUUCAGAAAAAGAUUAGGUGCUGAAAUGGAUUUGAGGAGUGGGGGGGAUCCAAUCAGGGCGCCUUUUGUCUUCUCCGUAUUUAAUGUCAGCUUAUUAAGAUUUGCCCAUGCACAUAUUCUAUUGAUAUUUUUUUGCAGUUUCAGGAUGGCAUUAGAGGAAUCUAUCGGGUUGAAGGAAAGAUAUAUUUGGACGUCAUCUGCGUAUAGGUGAUAUUGACAGUGUAUGAUAGAGGAAGGGAGGUCAUUGAUGUAGAUGGAAAAGAGGGUGGAGGAUAAUGAGGGACAUUGUGGGACGCCUCUGGAUAGAGGUAGAGACAUUGAUUGAGGGUUAUUAGGAACUACAACGUACUGGGAGCAAUCGGUGAGAAAGGAUUGGAACCACUUAAGGGCACUAGAUGAUAAGGAUAUAUUUUUAAGUUUGGUUUGGAAGAUAUUAUGGUCAACUGAGUCGAAUGCUUUAGAGAAAUCAAGAAGGAUCGGGAUGGUGAGUUUCUGUUGAUCUAUGGCUGUGUGGAGAUCUUGGGAGAUUUUAAGGAGGGCAGAAUGAGUGGAGUAGUCUGGUCUAAAACCAGACUGGAAGCAGUUAAAAUGUUUAUUUGAAUAUAUUGUUAUCAAUGUAUUCACAAUGCCUUCCCUUAUAAGCGAUUGAGCAAGUCGAUAGCCAAAAUCUCAUCUUGAAAGACAGACGUAUAUCUACAUAUAGAUAUAAAUAUUCCCUCAUUAGGUUUAUCCUUUCUCCAGAUGCGAGCCCUUGAUCGUUGCUCCAUCAAUUAUUUUCCUAUUAUAAUAAAAAGCAACUAGGGAAGGAAAUCAGGAGCUGAAAAGAUUGCUUCAUGAAAAUAGGUGGAUUUGGCUCGUCGGAUUCUGGUUUGUGUCAGGUUACGGAGAAUUCUAAACGCUUGGUAGUUGUAGCAAGCCUGGUAUGUCUAAAGCGUCUACGGGCUGCGUCACGUCUCCUCUGAAGAUCUUUAAUUUGCUGACACAUCCAGGGAGCCAGACGUCUAUGAAAGGUAGAGGUUUUGAUGGGAAAAAAUAAACACA